GGCCUUGAAGCCCGCCCAGCGCCCAGCGCCAGUUAGGACUCAGUGCCAGUACCGGUGCCCGCCUCUCGCGCCUUGCCGAAUAACCAUUGCGAGCCCUCCGCCCGCAUUUUCGAAAGGCCGAGCCACAAACUCUCCUCCACCAUCGCAAUCGAAAGCCUCAAGCCUGUCUUGUGCGCACCAAGUCAUAUAGGACUCUACACAACCUGCACCUCGCAGUCAUCCAUUGACGAUCUUCUUCUCAGUCACCGACUCCCCGUACCUUUCACUGCAGACCGAAAUACCUCGAUUCCUUGCUGUGCGACUUAGGCCUCUUCUCCUCGUAGCAACAUUUCCCCACGUCCGCCGCCUGUCCUCUUUCCAGCGAAACACCAAACACCAUUCGAGCACUGUCUGCCUCUGUCCUACCUGACAAAGUCGUGCUACACCAGUCACCUCUCUGUUGACACCAUAUCUGCCGUGAAAAUUCAACGCCCUCCUGUCGGCUUCGACUCCUGCGCCCGCCGUCUUACAGAAGCAACGAGCUUUCACCACAACACACUCGACCUGCGCUCACCCGGCGUCGCUGAGAAGAACCACACACUUGGGGGCUCCAUUACUUGCUACUGCGCCGGCUCGACGUGAUUCUGCAUCUGCUGGGAUACCGCCUGGUCUUGAUCGCCGGGUUUGCAUGAACACCGCCUGUCAACUGGGUCAUUGCUUCAAGCCAGGAGGACCCAUUUUUCGGUGUCGUGUCACUGUUGGCGUCUUCGUGCGAGCCCUUGUGCAGCCUGCAUGAUCUGGCACUCCUUGAUGGUCUACUUAUAACAUCAUGACGGCCUCUGAUGUCGAAGAUGGCCACUCUCGUUCGGCCUCUCCCGAAGACAGUGGCACCGAACACGUUCAGGAUAUCAUGGCCGAACGACAACCCAGGGACGAGAAGCCCAAACCGAACGGUUCGACAUCCACCAAUCCAAAAGAUCCUUCCCGUCCUAGACGGAAGAAGGCCCGCAGAGCAUGUUACGCCUGCCAGCGUGCUCAUUUGACUUGUGGUGAUGAACGCCCAUGUCAGAGGUGCAUCAAACGGGGUCUGCAAGAUGCUUGCCAGGAUGGAGUCAGGAAGAAGGCAAAAUAUCUACAUGACGCUCCGAACGAGGCUCUCAUGCCUGGUGUUGCUGGAAAUCUCUUCAAUCACCCUGCCACGAAAAGAAGUUCAACCAUCACCACUGAUACGUCUCCACAACAGCCUUUCUUCCAGCAGCCGCAAACCUUCAACGGCUUUCAGAAUUCCUCGCAGCAGAUGCCUCCUCCGUUGGUGCACGAACGGAGCAUGAGCGCUGCAAGUUUUUCCCAGCAAUCACCACUGAAUAACAACUUUAGCGGCAUCACAACACAGGUACAUUUGCAGAGUCCCGUCCUCGGCCAGGAGCAAUCAGCUGCCAAUGGAAUGAAUGCCGCUCCUUGGCCUGGCACAGGCUAUGAUGACCCGUCUAUGUUCAACUUCGAUAUUGCAAGCAUGAAUUUUGGCAAUCACUAUGGUGCGCUGGAGUUUGGUAUGCUUGGACACAUGGCAACAAACGCCGGCGAGACACCUCCCAGCGACACGGCCACCCAUCGAGGCUCUAUGACGCAACAGUACCGAAUGCCCCUAGGAAGCUUCAGUGAGAGCCCCACCGCUCGUCAUCAGCUUUACAACGAAGCAACGAUGCUGUCCGACUGGUCCAACAACAGUACUGACCCGUAUGGUGCUCACAAUCGUCAUAUGGCGCCGAAUGCCUUCACAAUAGAAUCGAGUGCUGCCCAUUGGACUUCUCCCGAUACCAAUGGCACCCCCAGCAACGGUGUCAAGUUUGAAGAUUCUCCCCUCUUGACUAACCAAGGCCUGCAAGUUCCUCCGACGAGCGUGGAGAAUGGGUAUCUGAACCAGUCGAACAGUGCUUCCGAUAAUCGACUUCGGCAGCCACCACCUAUUUCCACUCCACAACUCAAGGCGAAGUCUCAAUUGCCAGUCAAGUCAUUGAAACGACCUCGAGAUCCAUCCUCAAUCUACACGUCCGUUACUCAACCUCACUCGUACACUGCUGGCUUUCAUACUCUGGUUGCCUACUUACAGAAACGGUUCGCCACGCAUCCCUCCAAGACGCUUGCGAUUGCAAAAUCGUUGGCGUCGAUCCGGCCUUCGUUUAUUGCUACUACCAAGACUUUGAAUCGGGAAGACCUUAUUUUCAUGGAGAAAUGUUUUCAACGGACGCUAUGGGAGUAUGAAGGGUUCAUUGAAGGGGUGGGGACUCCAACCAUUGUUGCCCGAAGGACGGGCGAGAUCGCAGCUGUGGGCAAAGAAUUCCAGAUACUCACGGGCUGGACCAAGAGUGUCCUGCUUGGUCGAUCUCCAAAUCUCAACGUGAACCGGGGGCAUUCGGGGUCCACUCCUGCCGGCGGAUCUGGUAGCAAUACUGCAUCAAGGACGACAGGUUUCAACACGCCGACACAGCGGAACGUUGCUGAGACAGAAAACGGCGAGAAACGAACGCAGCCGGUGCUACUUGCCGAGUUGCUGGACGAUGACUCGGUCGUGCAAUUCUACGAAGACUUCGCCAGGCUUGCCUUUGGCGACAGUCGUGGCAGCGUGCUCGGAAGGGGCAAGCUCCUGAAAUACCGAACAAAGGACGAUGAAAUCGCCCAGAAUCUCAACGCUGAAGCCGAAGCACGGAAUGACGAUGGCAAAAGCAACGGCACGGAUAGUCGCCGUCAAGAUGGCCAUUCCCGCAAAAUCGACGUGAAGAAAGAUGGCAUUUCUGGCGAAAAGGGAAUGCAGAAGUUGGGUUCGGCAGAUGGGAAGGUCGACUGCACAUAUUGCUGGACGGUCAAACGGGAUGUUUUUGAUAUCCCCAUGCUUAUUGUUAUGAAUUUCUUGCCUUGUAUAUAGGCGGCAAAAGUUUUUGCGUUGACUGGGAUUGGAGUUAAUUCCAUGGCUUCUAACCCACCGGUAGCUACGAACGAAAUGGGACGGGGUAAAGGCAUAACUACACCUAGGUGAGGAAUUGCGAGUGUCAUCUUGCCGCUGGCUGGGAGGGACAGUUCGACAUAGCCUCGGACAUUGUAAGGGAUGCAGCAUCUAUCUGUCUGCGUGGUAAAUGCAAGAUUUCUAUACCAUCAUGCUCGAAAGACAAGAGCAAUUUGCAGACAAAUUCUAUCGUUGUUGACGUCUAUCUUUUGGUCAUGUACCGGCCCUCCAGCUCUCGGGGGGCGAAGUCUUGUGUCAGUCGUUCUCAUCACGUCGGCUCUAGUUC